ACUACACAGGUCCCCCUGUUUAGGAUUACGAGUUCUCUUUGAAUUCCUUCUUUCAUUUGGAGCACUGGAUUGAGCUCUGAAUUCACCCAUGGGCAUUGACUACCUGAAGUAUGAUAACUGCUUUACAGACCUCUCACAGCCACAGUUGAGGUAUCCCAGCAUGAGAGAUGCUCUACUUGCAACAGGGCGGGCCAUUUACUACUCCAUUUGUGAAUGGGGUUUGAACACGCCUGCUUUAUGGGGUCCGAAAGUGGGCAACAGCUGGCGGACAACAGGAGAUAUUGAGCCUGGCUGGACAUCGAUAACCAAAAUUGCGGAUGAAAAUAAUGAGUGGGCAGCCUAUGCUGGACCUGGUGGCUGGAAUGGCAGGUGCAAGGUCUUCUCCAAGAUCGAUCUCAAGUCUGGCUACCACCAAAUUGAAGUCGAUCCUGCGGACCAGCACAAGACUGCGUUCAAGACGCGCGCUGGGCUUUAUGAGUUUACCGUAAUGCCCUUCGGUCUUACGAACGCACCAGCCACGUUCCAAAGCCUCAUGGACAAGGUCCUCCGCGAACAAAUUGGCCGGUUCGUGGUAGUGUACCUGGACGAUAUCCUGAUUUUCAGCAAGUCCAUGGAGGAACACCUCAAGCAUCUUGAGGAGGUACUUGCCAUCCUCAAGAAGACGCAGCUCCAUCUCAACUUGGAGAAAUCCGAGUUUGGGAGGGAUAGCGUCAUCUAUCUUGGGCACCGGUUUGCCACGUCAGCAGUGGCACGUCAGCAACAGUGCCACGUUAGACACAGUGCCACGUCAGACAGUGCCACGUCAGCAGUGCCACGUCAACAGUGCCACGUACGCAACAGUGCCACGUCAGCAGUGACACGUAAGCAGUGCCACGUCAGCAGUGCCACGUCAGCAGUGCCACGUCAGUCACAGUGCCACGUCAGCAUGACGGGCCCAGCUCUGGGCAUGCCAGGCCAUUUGGCCAACGAGUCUCUGGCCGACUACAAACGGCGGUUCCAGGCCCAGAUCCCUCUGAUCGAGGCUGAGGAGCAAUACCAGAUGGCACCCGAGGCUGCCCGCGUCCAGGCUGAAGAAGCGGCAGCCGCAGAGAAGCUGCGGCUACAUGCCGACGCAGACGCAGAUGCCCAGGCUCGCCGCAAGGAAGCCCAGGAUCUGCUGCAGCGGCAUGAAGCCAACAGCAUCGACAGACUCAAGUUCUGGCACUUUGAACCGAACGGCGACGAGGCAACAACGAAAGAGCAGCAUAAGGAGUUCCUCUCCAAACUCGUGACACGGUUGUUGUAUGCUUGCAACUACCAACGGUCCGAGUUGGAGAGACAGAACCAGGAACUGCAACAGCUGUUCCAGGAUCUGAAGCAACAACACCAGGAGUUGGUGAACCUCCGUCGGAUGGUGCAGAGCCACGAGGAUGCGACACGGGCACUCGAUGCCCGUGUACUGGAACUGGAACAGGCAGUACCAGGACCAGAUGCUGGUGCCUCCAGCAAUGCACCCUCUAGCCGCCAACUGGAGGAACGCGUUGACCACGUAGUGGCAAUGCUCGGCGACAUCAGCACCUUCGCUGCGCCGACCACCAUCAGCAGUCAGCUGGAUGCAUUGAAGACCGAGGUCCAACAACUGCAGUCGACGAACACGGAUGGCAAUCCAAAGCAAUACAAGAUGCCAACUUUCCAACUGGAGAAGUUCGACGACUACACGCAUCAGGAUCCAGUCCUCUGGUGGGAAGCUUUCACGACACAACUUCGGAUUCUGCCUGUCGCCAAGCACGCGUACAUCGGCGCCCUGUUCAUGGGGCGGAUUACAGUUCUGGUUAACUCACCUGGCAGCCACCCACGACGUCGACGUCGCAGAUCUGAAGGACAAGAUCACAUGGGAAGAGUUAACACGGCUGUGGAAGAAGCGGUUCAUCGUCGACAACGCACCAGCACUAGCCAUCAACCGUCUCUUCACUUCACCAUGUCUCAGGGCAACACAACAACACGGGACUGGCUCACGGAAUGGCAGAAGAUCGCGGCAGUGCCCGAUCUGGACUUACCAUUCACGCAUCUACGCCGUGAGUUCUACAACAGGUCAUGUGCUGCACUGAGCCAGGCACUUGGUGAUCGCGAGCAAUACACCACCUUCGCUGAGAUCAUUGAUAAGGCAAGGGAGAUCAUCAAAGACCAACAGAUCGGCUGCACACGAGAAGUCAACGUGGCAGCCAACCUAUGUGGAGAAGUCUUGGAACAGCACGACGGCGACGACUGGCACCCUGUGGAGUAUUUCAGCCACAAAGUGCCUCCCAUCAACUCGCUUGAUGAUGCAAGGAAGAAGGAGCUGCUCGCAUUCGUCAUGGCUCUCAAGCGAUGGCGGCACUUCCUCCUUGGGCGUCGUAGGUUCACAUGGGUUACGGACAACAAUCCAUUGACCUACUACAAGACGCAGGAUACGGUGAGCAGCACGAUCGGACGAUGGAUGUACUUCAUCGACCAGUUUGACUUCACACCGAAACAUCUUCCCAGCCUCUCAAAUCGCGCAGCAGAUGCACUUUCGCGAAGACCUGAUCUUUGCGCUAUGACACAUCAUGCCUUCGCAUUCGACGAGGAGCUUCAGCGACACUUCGUCCCGGCAUAUGAGUCUGAUCCGAACUUUGCCACGCUAUAUGGACAACUAUCUUCGGAUCACCCGCCGGCCAGCCACUAUUGCAUUGUCGACGGCGGUGAUCUGGUUUGGGUCUCCGCGGAAGAGUUUGCACUGGAAGAGGAUGUUUCACGCAAACUGCUUCCCAAGUGGUUUGGACCAUGGUCUGUGACAUCAGCCGCGGGCGAUGAGCCCGAUGGCCCUUCAUUUGUGAUCAACAUUCCCGARCAUCUGACGGUCCAUCCAGUCUUUCAYGCAUCAAAGCUGGCAACAUAUACACCAGCUAAGAGCGACGACUUCCCGGGCAGACGAUCGCAGGACCCUCCAUCUAUGGAUGGUCAUCAGGAGGUUGACCGCGUCAUCUCGGAUCGCAAGGACGGCAGCAAGCUGCGACAGUACAAAGUUACAUUCGGAGCAUGCGAUCCCGACGACACUCGGUGGAUUUCAGGAGCAGAUUUGAAAGCAUCCGCACCGCUGAUCUACGCUCACUACGAGCGUCAAAGGUUAGCCAAGGGACCUCCACGACCCGCCCCUCCCACCCGGACUGUGGUCCCUCCCUCAGACAGACAGCUUCACCCUCGCAGUAGAGUAGGGGCCCUUAUAGACUUAGGGGCUACCCGUAGUUACAUUAGCCGUAGGGCGCUGAAGAAGCUGAGGCUAGGAGUAAAAGUCCAGAAGUUAGUAGACCCCAUAGUCAGUGUCCUCGCAGACAACCGCACGAUGCGAGUUGAAGACUACGUGGAGGGAGUCCAGGCGUACUUUCGCCUAGAGAAGGAUGGGAAGGUGGAGAAAGUUCUCCAUUCCCUGACUCUCCUCGUACAAGAUGACCUUCCUUUUGAUAUAGUAUUGGGAAUGGAUUGGGGAGAGGCAGCAGGGGCCACACUUCAUUUGAGRGAGCAUGAGUGUAGGCUCCCUAGCCUGGGAGGCGAAGUUAAGAUUGCCCGCUUGUUCCAUGUGUCGGGUGUAGACAACACCUUGGCACAUUGCUGUCUCAGUGCUCCCGCGUUCGCGCGAUUAGUAGAAAAGGAGCAGUUAGAAGACCAGGUCUUUGUGGUUUAUGUUAGACCUGUCACUGAGGCCCAAGAAAAGGAUAGCUCCACAGAUCCAACAAUUGCCGAGCUGCUGGAAGAAUUCAAAGACUUGACUGAGUCGCCGACAGGAGUAGUGUCGCGACCCAUCCARCACAGGAUAGAGAUAGAGCCUGGCAGUAGAACUCCUAAGGGUGCAGUCUACAGGAUGUCCCCUAGAGAGUUAGAGGAGCUUCGCAAGCAGUUAGACGAACUCCUUGAGAAAGGUUGGAUCAGGCCCAGUUCGUCUCCUUUUGGAGCACCCGUUUUGUUUGUCCCCAAGAAGGAAGGAGAGCUGAGAAUGUGUAUAGACUAUAGGGGUUUGAAUGCGAUCACCGUGAAGAAUGCUAAGCCGCUGCCCAGGAUAGACGAUCUUUUAGAUCGGGUGCAGGGUUGUAAGUAUUUCUCUACGAUAGACUUAAAGUCCGGAUACCGUAAGAUAGAAGUCCAUCCUGAUGAUCAGUACAAGACGGCAUUCCGGACUAGAUAUGGGCAUUAUGAGUUUGUAGUGAUGCCCUUUGGACUAACCAACGCGCCAGCUACUUUUCAGCGUUGUAUGAAUGACCUGUUUAGACCAUGGUUAGAUAAGUUUGUUGUAGUCUAUCUAGACGAUAUCCUAGUUUUUAGUAAGACCCUCCAGGAGCAUCAGGGUCAUCUGAGGCAGGUCUUGGAGAAGCUUAGAGAGGCUACCUUCAAGAUCAAUGCGAAGAAGUGCGAGUGGGCCAAGACACAAGUUUUGUACUUGGGCCACGUAUUAGACGGAGAUGGCAUCAAGCUGGAGGACAGCAAGAUCGCGGCGAUUAGAGAUUGGCCGACGCCCCACACAUUGACAGAGUUGCGGUCGUUCCUAGGCUUAGCUAACUACUAUAGGAAGUUUGUGAGGAACUUCUCCACUAUUGCCGCUCCCUUGCGCCGAUUGUUGAAGAAAGAGGCAAUCUUGCAAUGGGACAAAGACUGUACGUCUGCGCUCAAGAAGCUAAAGCGCGCGUUAAUAGAGUAUCCUGUCAUCAAAGUUGCAGAUCCGUCUUUGCCAUUUGUCGUCACCACGGACGCGAGUCAGUAUGGGACAGGCGCCGUGUUGCAGCAAGACGCCGACAAUGGCUAUAGACCCGUAGAGUUCAUGUCAGCGAGGAUGCCCUGUGAGAAGGUUGUUGCCUCCACGUACGAGAGAGAACUCUACGCUCUCAUGCAGGCCUUAGAUCAUUGGAAGCACUACCUGCUUGGGAGGCACUUCAAAGUGUAUUCGGACCACGAAACACUUAGAUGGUUAAAGACUCAGGCCAAGAUGACACCUAAGUCGACUAGGUGGGCCGCAGAGAUAGACCAAUUCGACUUUGAGCUCAAGCCAGUGAAGGGCAAGUACAACGUAGUUGCGGAUGCUCUGAGUAGGAGAUCAGACUACUUUGGAGCUGUAGUACACUAUCUGGAUAUAGGGAGAGACCUGCAGGAGAAAGUGAGGCAAGCAUAUGCGCAGGACCCUAUCAAUAGCGACCUCCUAAAGAGAGUUAGAGAGGCCCCAGAGACUGAACCAGAUUACCGCACUACAGACGGGUUGUUGUUUGAGAAGACUAAUGUGUUUGACUGCCUUUGCAUUCCCAACAGCGAAGAGAUCCGCAGUUUGAUUUUAGGGGAAUGCCACGAUACUGAAGGGCACGGUUGGCAAAAGACAUUAGCCAACCUGAUGUGUGCGUAUACCUGGCUAGGGAUGAAGAAUGACUGCAUAGAGUAUGUCCGCAGUUGUAAAGUGUGCCAGAGGAAUAAGUCUACUACACGCGCGCCCCUAGGUCUUCUCAGACCCUUGCCUAUUCCGGAUCAGUCGGGGGACUGAGUGUCCAUAGACUUCAUGGACACCCAAGUCAAGAGUAG